AUGCCAUCGCCCACCACACCCGUGGCGGCCGCCCCGGCCGCCCGGUCGUCCGAAACGACGCUGGCCACCGACGCUGGCGAGCGGCCGACCACUGCCGAGAACCCUACCGUCGCGGCCGCUGCUACGACUCCGACGAAGACAACCGCGGUGGGCACCGGCGUCCCCACGCUGAGCCCACCCAAGCCGGCGCACGACGGGGAAUACCUCAGCGGCGAGUCGACGCGUGCCGCGUCACCGACGGGGGACGACGAGACUACGGCCACGAAGGAGAAGGUUGUGGAGACUAGUGAGAAGGCGGCCUCGGCGAAGGAUGUUGAGGCUGGUGCUGUCAAAGAAAGCGGGGACGAGGGAGAGGAAAUCGAAUACCCGACCGGCUUGGCGUUCACGUUUAUCAUUGUGGCGCUGGUGUUGAGUAUCUUCUUGGUGUCGCUUGAUAUGACCAUCGUGGCCACGGCCAUUCCCCGUAUUACCGACGAGUUCAAGGGCCUCGAAGACGUCGCCUGGUACGGCUCGGCUUUCUUCAUGACCGUCGGCGGGUUCCAGUCGACGUGGGGCAAAGUGUUCAAGUACUUCCCUCUCAAGAUCUCCUUCCUCAUCUCCAUCUUCAUCUUCGAAGUUGGCAGCUUGAUCUGCGGUGUCGCGCCCAACUCGACCGCCCUCAUUGUGGGUCGCGCUAUCGCUGGUGUUGGUGCUGCGGGUAUCGGCUCCGGCGCCUACACCAUCAUUGCCUUCACCGCUCCGCCGAAGAAGCGCCCGGUGUUCACCGGUAUCGUCGGUACCGCUUACGGUAUCGCGGCCGUCAUCGGUCCCCUCAUCGGCGGUGCUUUCGCGGACCACGUCACCUGGCGUUGGUGCUUCUACAUCAACCUGCCCAUCGGCGGUAUCUCGGCGUUCAUCAUCCUGUUCUUCUUCACUGCGCCCAAGGGCGCCAAGCCUGUUGACGCGACGCUGCGCGAGAAGCUCCUGCAGAUGGACUUGGUCGGCACGGCGCUGGUGAUGGGCGGUGUCAUCUCUUACAUCCUGGCUCUGCAGUAUGGUGGUCAGACGCUGCCGUGGAACGACAAGACGGUGAUUGGGCUGCUGGUCGGGUUCGUGGUGAUCUUCAUCGUGUUCGGGUUCUGGGAGGUGUACAACGGCGAGCGGUCCAUGAUCGUCCCGCGCCUGUUCCGUCAACGCGACAUCUGGGUCAACUCGAUCUUCAUCUUCCUUUUUGCCGGCGCGUACUUCAUCGUCAUCUACUACCUGCCCAUCUACUUCCAGAGCAUCGACAACUCGAGCCCGACGGAUUCUGGCGUGCGCAACCUGCCCCUGAUUCUCUCGGUCACGGUCGCGACCAUUGUGGCUGGCGUUGGGAUCUCGGCCACGGGCAUUGCCGCGCCCGUCGCAGUCGGCAGUGCAGCCAUCGCGACGGUGGCCUCUGGGCUGUUGUACACUCUGGAUAUCGGCACUGAUACUGGCAAGUGGAUUGGGUACCAGAUCCUCGGCGGGUUUGCCUGGGGCCUGGCGUUCCAGGUGCCAAUUAUCGUUGCCCAGGCCACGGCCAAGCCGGACGAUAUCUCUUCUGUCACUGCUAUCAUCCUCUUCUUCCAAACCGUCGGCGGCGCCUUCAUGGUCUCAGCCGCGCAAUCCUCCUUCGUCAACACCAUGGUCCUGCGCCUGCCCACCUCGGCCCCCGGUGUCAACCCCUUGGUUGUCCUCGGCACGGGUGCCACGCAAAUCCGCCAGGUCUUCCCCGCCGAGGUCGUCCCUGGCAUCCUGGUGGCCUACAUGGCGGGUAUCAAGGUGGCGUUUGCGAUUGCGCUGGGCGCGGUCGGUGUGGCGUUUGUGGUGAGCUUGUUUAGCAACUUCAAGAGGCUCAGUCCGGAGACACUGAAGAUGGGUGGUGCUGCUGCGUAA